AUGACCGUUUCCCAGCACAAAUUGCCGCCUCAAGUGCGAGCCGAGCCGGCGGGCGAAAUUGUGCACCGCAUUUGGAUCCUUGCCCAGCCGUUGGCCACUAGGAUGAAAUCAUUCUUGGCCCUCAACCACUUGUUAUUCCCUCCAAUGCCGCUUUUUCUACUCCUAUUCAUGAUAUUAGUCAUUGAUUGCAAAACCGAAGACCCCUAUCGAAGAAGACAAAAGGAUUAUGAAUUCCUAAAAGAACUCAACGAUUUCGAAAUUAAAAUUUUGCGAGAUUUCGUCCGAGGGCGUGGCACAGCUUCGGUUUCACGAUUACCAUUUGAUGAAUAUUUCCAUGAAGCCGAAGAUGUAAAGAAACCAAGGGUGGCCCGGCCCCAGGUCACAAGAAUCAGCCCGAAAAGUCGGGUACGAGAGUUUGGCAGGAAUUUCGAAGAACCUCGAGAGCCGGAUAAGGAGACGUUUAAGGAAUAUGCUAUGAUACUACAGCAACUUAUUGAUGUUCGGAAGGCUGCCGUUGCUGCUCCGACCUUUCCAAGCACGAUCGUCGCUUCAGAACCUCGUAGGAACGCUAAACCGAUCCGCGGUCGUACCGAAAAGAAAAUUGUGGCCCAGCACGCGGCACCAAAUGUACCCGCUUGGCAGCCUGUCGUUGAGCGAAAGAGUGAAGAUGAACCGCCCCAAAAAUCAGAAGAAAAUUGGGAAGAAAAGAUGCACGACCUGUCAAAGCAGCUACACUCCCUACUCGCCCAAAUAAAAGAGACGAAGAAGAAAUCGAAGAAAAACAUGGAAAUCCGGCGGCCGAAACCGAAAGUGACCGUGCUGCGAAGCGGAUCGGCAGAGCAGCGAAAUGACAACGAAUAUCUUUUUGUGGCCUCGGUGACGUUGAUCCAAGAUGAGGGGCAGAAUAUCCUUGUUGAUACCGGUUUAGGGACCGAUUUGCAGGGGCGGAAUGGUUUUUUGAAAAAAUUAGCCGAGAAUAGGUUGGCGCCAAAUCAAAUCGAUGUUGUUGUAUCCACACACGGACAUCCGGACCAUAAUGGAGGUGUCUCGGAGUUUCCGGCCGCCACGCACUACCAGGGAUGGUACGUACAUCGCAACAGCAUCUUUAAUCUUUCAAAAUUAUUCGAGAGUGAUAAACAGCCUUUGACUAAUAGCGUCUAUUUAAUAAAAACGCCCGGCCACACAUCGGAUGACAUUUCGGUGAUCGUAAAAAUGCUGAAAAGGGAUACUUUUAUGAGGAGUGAAGACAUCGACCAUCCAAUGAUGUGGCGCCCAUUGUCUGCUAAUGAAACCCAACAAACAAUUUCUAGGCGAUAUCUCCUUUGCACCUCUAAUUAUUUAAUACCUGGUCACGGACCCGGAUUCGCCGUCACCAAACAGAUGCGGAGCAAUUUUAGCUGUGAU